GAGGCAUAGCAGCUGCUACGUCAGGCGCGAUAUUUUAUGCGAACUGCGUUAUCGGCCUGAUCAUAUUUUUCUGGCUGUCGUCGCGAUGGGUAACUCUCCAACGUGAUUGGAGAUCCAUGGAACUAUUCAUAGACAGUAACAAGAUGGAACGACCAAAGCUCCGUUGGAAACUCUACUUGAUAGCUGCUUCCAUUCUGUUUGUGGCUCUUAUUGAACAUAUCUUGAGUAUAUUAGUGCAUAUCAAAAAAUAUGACUGGAGCGGCAAAUCGGACAAUGCGACGUUUCUCAAUUUUUUGGAAAUUUAUUGUACGUCUUCUCACGCGUUUAUAUUGGAAAUACUGAAAUAUAACUUGGCACUUGGUAUUUUCAUUUUUAUCGUCAGCAAAUUGGCGACUUUUACGUGGAAUUUUACUGAUGUUUUCAUCGCAAUGGUAGCUACCGGUUUGGCUGAAAGAUACAAAACAUUAAAUAAAUACGUGAUUAGUUCUAUAUCGAAACAUCGACCUAUAGACUGGUCUGGAUUGCGCGAAGAUUAUGCUACUCUUAGUUUCAUGGUGAAAAAAGUGGACAACGAUAUCUCGCCUAUAAUUCUCUUGUCGUUUGUAAACAAUCUUUACUUCAUCUGUUUACAGCUACUCAACGGAUUGUCAAAAUCAGACGACGGUUUAAUUGGCGAUAUAUACUUCUUCGAGUCCUUCCUAUUUCUGAUCAGUAGAACGAUGAUCGUCACCCUGCUCACUGCUAGGAUUCACGAUCAAAGUAAAGUAAUAUUGCCGAUUUUAUUUACUUGUUCAGCAUCUACUUAUGACAAAGAGACAGAAAGGCUGCUUCAUUUACUCAGCACUGAUAACAUCACGCUCACUGGAAUGCGUUUUUUUUCUAUUACACGGAACUUUCUGUUGGCGGUGGCUGGUGCAAUUGUAACAUACGAAGUUGUGCUACUACAAUUUAAUGUUGCAAUAAACAAAUAAGUAUGCAAUAGU